AUGUGCUCCCGCUCAGAAUUCAAUGGAUCGAUUCGCAAGCUCGUAGUCGCGUUUGACAUUGGUACCACAUUCAGUGGUAUUUCCUACAGGUACUAUGACCCUCGAUUUGUGUUUGAACCCGCCACACCCUUUGAAUUUUUUAGCGUCCUUGAUCCUGGUCAAAUGCCAGAAAUCAAAUCUGUAACUAGAUUUCCCGCACAGGAGGAGGUUGACAGUCAUUCCAAAAUUCCUACGAUUAUUUAUUACGACGACAAUGGAUCUGUCUGCGCCAUAGGCGCCGAGGCUGUUGAAGAAGGAAUCGAUGGUGUAGCCGAAAAUAAAGGAUGGACAAAAGCCGAAUGCUACAUCCAGGAGACACACGCAAUUGGGUCGAGUUUGUGGGAGUCUCUUGAACAGCAGAUCACUUACGUUUUGACGCAUCCUAAUGGCUGGGAAGGUGCGCAACAGAGUGAAAUGCGCAGAGCAGCGGUGAUUGCAGGGCUUGUUCCCGAUACUGAAGAGGGCCGAUCCCGUGUAUCGUUCGUCACUGAAGGCGAGGCUAGUCUCCAUUAUUGUAUUCAACGUGGUUUGAUGUCGGAGAUGAUAAAGGACGGAGAUGGUGUGCUCAUCGUCGACGCGGGUGGAGGCACCAUCGACAUUAGUGGAUACUGCCAGAUAUCUCACCAGUCCUUCGAGGAAAUGGCCACUCCUGAGUGUCAUUUUCAGGGCUCUACGUUCGUUACCAAUCGAGCUCGCGAAUUCCUAGAAGGUCAUAAUUUCUCUGGGACUUUGAUUGGCCUUCUCAUCGCUCAGAUAGACUUGCUCCGUGGUUCUCGUUUCUUCAAGGACGUCGAUCUAAUCACUCAGCGAUUUGAUAACAAGACAAAGCUCGGCUUUAGGGAUAUAAAUUCUCCACAAUUUGUACCAUUCGCCUCGGUGCGUGAAUUCGAUUCCAAGUUGAAUAUUCGCUCGGGUCAGUUGAAGCUCAUGGGCUCGGACGUCGCCUCUUUUUUUGAACCGUCCGUUGCGUGCAUCAUUAAGGCUGUCGCACAACAGCGCGCAGCAUCGGAAACGAAUAUUUCAACCGUUUUUCUUGUUGGGGGGUUCGCAGCCAGCGACUGGCUCUUCUCGAGGGUCAAAGAAACAUUGGAGCUUCUAGGGAUAAAUUUUUGCCGGCCGGACAGCCACGUGUACGUAGGACAGUCUUUUUCUGUGACACUCAUGCUGAAGAAAGGGCACAGCAAUAGCAAGGCUGUUGCUGACGGUGCGAUUUCUUACUUCCUUGAUCACUUUGUAGAGGCGCGUAUGUCAAAAUUCACAUAUGGGACGAAGGUCAACGUACUCUAUGACCCUGGAAUUUCUGAACACUUGGCGAGGUCAUCCACCAUAUUCACUCACCUUGAUGGGAAAAGGCGUCUUCCUGGCGCCUUUUCAGAGAUUUUGCAAAAGAAUACUCGGGUCUCCCAGGGAGAUGAAUUCCGAAGGCAUUAUUCCACCUCUGCGAGUUCCCCAUCAAAACUUUCAUCAGUCACUUUCGGCUUGUACUGUGCUCGCGCGGAUGCCGGGAAUCUGACCGAGUGGUUGGAUGAAGAUCCAGAAAUGUACUUGAAGCUCUGCACCAUUGAAGCAGACAUGUCCUCAGUUUGCCACUUGCUACCACCUCGACGGUCGCGUAAACGUGGUAAAAUUUAUUAUACUAUGGACUACAGCAUUGUCUUGUUUUUCGGAACGACCGAACUAAGCGCACAGAUUGCGUGGAUGGAAAAUGGAAUCGAGAAGCGAAGUCCAGCCAGGGUCGUAUACGAUCCACAGCAGUGA